ACAGAUCUGGUUUGCUCGGCUGACAGACAAAACACAACGGGAUGGAUUUCUGCAUGACAUGAACACGAGCAGGGGACAGCUCCCUCACACAUAAAAAAGCCAGGAUGUCUGGGAUGGACGUCCCAUUGGUGGACCACAAUGAGACUGGAAUCUCUCCAAUAGACAAUGGGACCUUCCUCCGUUUCUCCCCAACCUCUGCGUCUACGUCAGCAGCCGCCUCAUCACCAGGGCGACCGGGCAACGUUUAUGUUUACGUGUGGCUCUUCCUCGGCCUGCUUGUAUUCUUGCUGACACUGCUCAUCAUCUCCCUCCACAGGCUGAAGAACAUCAUCUCCUCCUCCUCCUCUGUCCCCGACUGCAGCAGCGAGGGAGGGAGCUCCUUCACCAACAUGGAGAUCUGUAGCAUCUCGUCUCAGAGGUCCACCAUCUCCUCACUGUCCACCUGAGGAGGGGAGAUGGGAGGGAGCAAAUCCAGACAUAUACGUAUGUCCAUGUGCAUAAUUUGCUCCUGCAUGCAUGCUUACAUGCAAACAACAGGCAGGCAUGUACCCACAUAAAGACACGGAGGGUCCAACUCCUCCUCACUGCGACAUACAAACACAAAAACACGUCACCAGCUGCAAAAGAGCUGACAGCGUGGCUUUACUCUCCAUGCAUGCGCAUUUUAUUCCCACGGGUCCUGUGAGUCAGGUGCACCCAUGCGAUUUGCUAUGGCACCGGGGAAAGAUAGCUCACAAUGUGAUGAAGAGGUCUUCAGGGGUGGGUGUGACUGAACCCCUCUGAGCCUUAUUUCAACGAUUAAGACAAAUGAACCUGAAAAAUUGCCUUCCCUCUGCAGGAAAAUGCACAAGAGGGAACUAUUAUCCUCCGUCCACCUUUUUGUAAAAGUCAUUUCCUGUACUGU